UAAUGCCCUCCGGACAGGUCUCCCAGCCUGCAGAUGAUCCAGAACACACCUGGUCUACAACCAACCCAAAAGGGCACAUCUCCCUGACGCUCAUUCAGCUAAACUGGCUACUAUUGGCUGGUUAGAUACAGUUAUUAAUUAACAGUUAUAAUUUUAACAAGUUAUGUGUGACACUUUGUACCAGAAUGGAACUUUUUUCACAGUUUACUGAAAGCCAGCUCAAGUUUUGCCUCCUGAUCCUGCUUGCUGUCUGCGCUGUCGUGAUGAAUGCAUGUGGCCCUGCGGAGUAUAAAACUGGACAGGAGUGCUGCCCUAUGUGUGGCACAGGAUAUUUUGUGAAACGUGACUGCACAGAAUUUAGAAGCACGUCAUGUCUGCCAUGUCCAAACACUUCCUUCACUGAUUCACCAAAUGGACUCGCCAAGUGCUUUUCUUGUUCAUUAUGUGACUCCAGUGUCGCUCUAAGAGUGAAGAGGGCGUGCAGCUCCACCUCAGACACACUGUGUGAGCCUCUGGAAGGUCACUACUGCACUGACCCAAUCCAAGAUGGCUGCAGAGGAGCUGUGGAACACACCAAGUGCUCACCAGGACAGUACAUCAAUCAAACAGGCACUGGCUCCACUGAUGCUGUGUGUGCUGAGUGUGUAGGGGACACGUACUCAAACGGAUCAUUCACAUCCUGCAGACCACACACACGGUGUGAAUCUCUGGGACUGUUCACGGGGAAGCCAGGAACACACACAGAGGACGCUUACUGUGAAAACCACCGUCGUCAUCACAUGGUGUUAUGGGCAGUGCUGCCCUUAGCUUGUACUGUUGGAGUUGUUUUAUUGGUAAGGAGAAGAGCAAGGCUGUAUGUUGUGUAUAAAUAUGUGACAAAAACAGGGGUAAAAACAUAAGUGCCAUUUUGUGUCUUGAAGUAGUUUGAUGUCAUACCUUUAACUAAACAAUAUUUGGGCUAGAGAACAUUUAAUGCAGCGUUUUUGACCUGAAGAUCUGGUCCUGUCUUUGUCUUAAGUUUUAAUUUGUUCAGUUUUUUUGU